AUGAUAAGUGCAGUGCUGAUAUUCUCGUCCCGUGGUGAACUCAUUGUUGCUAAAAUUCUGAAAAGCUCGCUGAAAAGAUCUAUCUCUGACGUCUUCCGCAUACAGGUGAUCAACAAUCUAGAUGUCAGGUCGCCGAUUCUCACCCUAGGGUCAACUACCUUCCACCAUAUAAGAUCAAGCGGUAGCGAUAGUCUGUGGCUGGUGGCGGUGAGCAGAACCAAUGCAAACAGCGGAGCCAUUUGGGAAUUCCUGUACAAGCUCAAUGCGAUUAUGGACGUUUACGGGCUGAUAAGAGAAGAAACGUUGAAGGAGGAGUUUAUGGUUUGUUACGAAAUGCUUGAUAUUGUUCUAGGGGAAGGAGGUAUUCCUGUCGAUACGGAAGUGAAUUCUGUGAUAGGCAAGAUGUCGGCGAAGCCGACGAAACAGCUGAACGGGAACUCGCUCGACAGACCUGAGUUGUUGUCAUCUUCUGGUGACUCGCCGGCGCUGUCGAUGCCCAGAUUUCUCACUCGCAGCAACCGAUCGAUGUCGCAGGACCUGGGGCUGAACUAUCCGUCCAGCUUCCCGUGGAGGCCGCAUGGAAUCAAAUACAAGAAAAACGAAGUUCUGUUAAACGUGAACGAGAAAAUAAGCAUCCUGGUUUCGCGAGAUGGGUCGAUACUCAAAUCGCACGUUGACGGCACGAUCGACCUGACGACGCAUCUGAGCGGAAUGCCGAUAUGUCAGUUCGGGUUGAACGACUCGCUCAGCGUCGACUUUGGCGACGAGCCGGCGUUUGGAAGCGAAGACUUCGCGAACGAGAAGGCUAUCCCCAAGGCAGCCGCGGGUCGAGUGCUGCUGGAAGACUGCAAGUUCCACCAGUGCGUUUCGCUGGACAAGUUCAAUCGCGAUCGCGUGAUCAAGUUUGUGCCUCCCGAUGGCACCAUGGAACUCAUGAAAUACUGCGUUCGACAUAACCUGAACCUUCCCUUCAAGGUGACGCCGAACGUCACGAAUUUCGGCCGCGGCAACACUCUGGACUACAGGGUCACGCUGAAGUCGCUCUUCCCCAGUAAACUGUCCGCCAGGGACGUCUCGCUGCGUAUCCCCGUGCCACCAGGAACAGUGGAUUGCGAGAUUAGUGUCUCCAACGGCAAAUGCAAGUUUGUGCCGGAAGAGAACGCAAUGAUAUGGAAAUUCAGCAAGUACACGGGUCUGACCGAAAACACUCUCAGCGCGAUCACUGUCCCGACUAGCGAUACGACACAGUUGACCAUCCAGCAGUGGCCGAGACCCCCGAUGUCGCUUGACUUCUCGAUCGUGAUGUUUAGCAACUCAGGUCUUGUGGUAAGGUACUUCAGGGUCUCGGAUAAGGAGGAAAAGUACAGGACAGUAAAGUGGAUCAAGUACAUAUCCAAUUCAGGGUCAUACGAGGUUAGAUACUAG